AUGACGCAGUCGGGGAUCAACGGCGGAAGCUGCGGAAGCAGCAGGACGCGGCGGAAGCAGAGGGCCGCGCUUGGCAGCGCGCGCCGAGAAGAGGCGACGGCGUCGGACGUCGGCGUCGGUGAAAUAUAUAAUGUGGAAAAAUUCGUUGAGAAUGUCAAUGCUGUUGUUAAGGUGGCAACAGAUCCUGCUGAUGUAACUGCAGAUAAGCCUGCCACCUUGAGAAUUCCCAAUAGACCUACAGCAGCUUUUAUUUCUGAGCAAAUUGAACCAAUAUACCGAUCGACUAGGAAUGUCAAACUUGUUAGUUUCUUUCCUUCACUGAACAUGAAAAUAAGGGGGUUGCAAAAGACUGAACUGGAUCAAUGCUUCUGCCUUGGAAUGUUUGGCACCCUUGAACUGCAGUCAGAUAUUCAUGAUGUGGCAGACCAGAUGCUUGAGAGGCUUAGAACAAUAACAGAUAAUUCUGGUGGUCACUUCAUUGCCAUAGAUCUCAGGCUUGAUAUGCUGCAGCAGAAGGGAUGUGAAGGGGCCCAUGGAACAAAAAAAUGCUUUAGUGCUUUGGAAGUUGGAAAUUUUUUGCAGAAAAUUGGUUUUAACAGUGAAACUGUUAUCUAUGUUACACAGUCGAGAUGGCAUGAAGACCUUGAUGAGCUCAAAACCCUCUUUCCUAGGACCUAUACAAAGGUUGAACACUUAUCUGCCAGUAGAACAUCAUUAUUGCUGCAUGUUACUAAGUGGUCUGGUUCUUUUGCUUCUGUAUUGGAAUUUAGGGGAUUUGGUACAUUUUUCAGAGAAUCAGUUAUUUCCAUUGAGAAGAAGGAUGAAUUCCUUAACUUGGAAAAUUCAGAACUUGAGAAGGUCAUUGACUUCUACAUCUGCACUCAUAGUGAUGUCUUUGUGCCGGCUAUACCAGGUCUGUUUUAUGCAAAUGUUGCUGGACAAAGAAUCGCUUCUGGGAGAACCCAGAUACUUGUUCCAACAAGAAACCCCACCUCUGGUGCUUCUGAUUUUCUCUCACAUUACAUUUCUGAUAAGAGCCACUUGGCAUAUUCAUGUUUGUGUUAA